GAGCUCCGCGUGAUCUUCAUCAAGUCCGCGGGCCGCAUCUGGUGCGCCGGCGGCGACCCCAAGGACUUCCAGGCGGCGCAGAAGAUGGAGAGCGAGGGCCGCGCGGCCGACAACUCCGCGGGCGCGCAGGAGUUCGCGAACCGCCUCAAGUACGUCAACGAGUGCCCCGUGCCCGUCGUCGCGCUCGUCGCCGGCCCCGUCUUCGGCGGCGGCGUGGGCAUCUGCUCCGUCUGCGACAUGGUCGUCUGCACGGAGCGCGCGGCGUUCCAGCUCAGCGAGGUGAAACUGGGCGUGAUCCCCGCGACGAUCUCGCCCUACGUCGUCCAGGCCAUGGGCGUGCGCAACGCGCGCCGCUACUUCACGACGGGCGAGCCCAUCAACGCGGCGACGGCGGAGGCCAUCGGCCUCGCGUCCGAGGUCGUCAAGGACGUCAAGGGCCUCGAGGAGGCCGCGCAGAAGAUCUGCGACAACUUCACGCUCGCGGCGCCCCACGCCGUCGCGGCGUCCAAGGCGCUCGUCUUCGGCGUCGGCGGCAAGGAGAUCACGCCGGAGCUCGUCGACUACACGGCCGCGCAGCUCGCGUCCAUCCGCGUCAAGGGCGAGGCCGUCGUCGGCAUGAAGGCGCUCCUCGCGAAGCAGAAGCCCGACUGGGCGAAGAAGCCCCUCAAGGUCAAGCUCUAG